AGUAGCUGGUGCUUCAAAUUUAGUUGAUUGAAUGACAGUUAUGUGGCUUUGUGAUGGUUGUUGUUCAGCUGAGAUUAGUCUCAGGGAAAUGCAAUGCAAAGAAAGUAGCCUUUAUGAUAAGCUUCAAAAUGACCCAAAAACUUAGACACUAAAAGUUCUUCCACUUCGACUUACAUAUCAAAAAAUACAAAAAAAAAAAACGAAAACAACUAAGCAAUUAAAAAAAUACUUCCAGAUAUAUAAUUCCCAAUCAAAAUUCCAAAUUGCCAUCAUUAUGAUUAAGAAAAUCUUAGGCAAAGCUUCAGAGCACAGAAAUCGGCAUCACAAGUUCAAUGAGAAAACUAAUUUGGAUCAUAUAAUUGCGAAACUAAAACAGAGUGGGGAAAUGGGAACUGUAGCUCAGAUUUCUAUCCGGGAUAUCGAAUGGGUGUGCCUCCGAGCACGGGAGGUACUCCUGAGCCAGCCAACUUUGCUGGAACUCUCGGCUCCGAUCAAUUUACUCGGCGACAUUCACGGACAAUAUUCGAAUCUCUUGAGAUACUUUGAGGCGAAUGGUUAUCCGCCGGACUCAAGGUACUUAAUGCUAGGCGAUUAUGUGGACAGAGGCAAGAAGUCCAUUGAAACGUUGACCCUUCUAUUGGCCCUCAAGGCGAGGUUUCCAAAGGAUUUCUAUUUACUGAGGGGCAAUCACGAGUGCUCCACCUUGAACUAUGUCUACGGAUUCUACGACGAGUGCAAGCGGCGAUUUACGGUUAAAUUGUGGCGGACUUUCGUCGACUGCUACAACUGUAUGCCUCUGGCGGCAAUCGUCGAGAACAACAUCUUCUGUUGCCACGGCGGCUUGAGUCCUCAUCUUUUUAACAUGCAACAAAUACGGAGAAUCCAGAGACCCAUUGAAAUCCCGGAAUCUGGCUUGGUGUGCGACAUCCUGUGGUCCGAUCCCGAUGUGCGGAUUAUGGGUUGGGGUGCGAACGAUCGCGGCGUUAGUCAUACUUUCGGUGCGGAUGUGGUCAGCGCCUUCCUGCAUCGCUUCAAGUUUAACCUGAUUUGUCGGGGUCACCAGGUCGUCGAGGACGGCUAUGAGUUCUUUGCCAAACGCCAGCUGAUCACGAUAUUCUCAGCUCCCAAUUACUGCGGGAAGUUUGAUAAUGCCGGGGCCAUGUUGUGCAUCGACGAGAAUCUUCUCUGCACUUUUAGAGUUCAAAGGCCAUGGUGAAGGUCGGGAAAGUGAGAAAAUAGUUGCUAAGGAGAUUAAUGUUUUUAAGGUGUUGUUGGUUUUAACAUAUUGACAUUGUGACUGUUAUUAAAUAUUUUCCGAUUUGUCUUUUAA